UAUAAAUCCUGAACGGGCAAGCUUGUUAACUGAUAUUGCAAUUUCCAAAGUAUUGACGUAAUUACAUCUGAAAAUGUAUUCACAUGCUAUAAGAUGUAUUUUGAACGUAUCAGCGAAAUUGAGAAAACACAAAGAUUUAAAGGACAUAACUUUGAUCUAUCCAACAUUGAUCUUUGCUAGGCAGCAAGUUUUAGCCUACAAAAGUUUUCACAUCUCUGCUCAUCAUGAUAUAGAAGAGAAACUGUAUAUACCUAGGGAUCAAAAGGAGAGGAAGAAUCAUUUCAAUGACGAAGCUCAAAAGAAAAUCGAUGCAAUGGUCCAAGAGAAUCCAGAGCUCACAAAAUUCAUGGAAGUCGUAAAAUUAGAAAUUGAACUUCUGAGACAAAAUGGUGUGAAUGUUCCCUUGGUAUUGAAACCUGCACACUGGCUAGAAAUUCUGAGCAAACAUUCUAAAAAAACGAGAGAAAAAUACUACGAUUUUUUAUUUAAACUUGAGAAGAAAGUAGAAAAUCGCAAAAUUAAGCAAGAAAAGAAUCAAGAACUCUAUGAAAUAUACAAGCAGGAACGAGAUACAGCUGGAGUUAAGACUGAUGUAAUGGUGUAUGGUAUAGCACGAAACUGUAUGUUCAGACGCAUUUCCGAUCAGACAAUGAAUCAAUUAUGGAACUGGAAUAGUCUCAAAUCCGUCAUGUGGGGUAACAAAAUAGUUUUCGAUUUCAGUUAUGAACAAUACAUGAAUCCUCAAGAAAUAAAGAGCUGUGCUAAACAAAUAAUGGGAUCUUACGCCGUCAACAGAUUGCACAACUUUCCGUUCAACGUUUACUUAUGCAAUGUUAAUUUAAAGGGUCUACUGAUGACAAGUUUAGCUAAAUUUAUUCCAACCUUGUUUGACGAUGAUUUCCCAUGGACUGUAUCGUCAAAGUCGUUUAUAGAACUUUUUGAUAAAGAUUCAGUUGUUUAUCUCACAGGAAACAGUAAUAAAACGCUAGAAAAAUAUGAUCACAAUUCAGUUUACAUCAUUGGAGCUUUUGUUGAUAAGUGUUACAAACAACCUGUUUCAUUAGCAAAGGCAAAACAAUUGGGUAUUAGCACGGCAAAAUUACCUCUAGAUCGUUAUUUACACUUUGGUGAUGGUUCAAACAAAAAUUUGACUCUCAAUAAUGUAAUGAGUAUCAUGUUGGAUGCGCAAUUCAACAAUUGGGAAAAAGCCCUAGAACAUGUACCAAAAAGAAAACUGUUUGAAUCUCGACUGAGAGCAAUGGAAAGAAAACUAGAGAGAGAUAUGGGCAAGGCAAGAAUUUUGAAGCCGCAAACAGACAUAGACUUUGGCUUUAAUGCCCAAACAAAGUUACGCAAACAGUUCAAUAGUGAAAUUAGAUCAUUCACGAAACCACCUAACACAAAUAUGUCUCAUGCCAUGACAAAUAUUCAUAUUUAUAAUGCCUAUUCAAUGUCAAAUAAGUUGUACUUUCCAACCGAAUUAACUGUAACACAAUCUUAUCAUUGCAAGUUAACAUAA